CCCAGGAGAGGCAGCAGCAGCAGGGUGUCGUCCCCUUCCUGGGCACGUUCCUCAAUCACCUGAAACUGCUGGACAUUGGGAUGGAGGAUGAUCUACAAAAAUACAAAGUCAUUAGGAAGAUCCAGCUGCUCCAGCAGGCUGCAAGUGAAUAUGACCUGAAUCCCGAGGAGCGAUUUGGGGCCUGGUUCCAGGCGAUGGAGCCCCUCAGUGUUGAUGAGAGCUACUGCCUCUCCUGCCGGCUGGAGCCCACACACCAGAAGACGAGCAAAAUGCGGCUCUUCAGGAGAAAGAGGAACCGGACAUCCUCCAGUUCAGGGCCGACCACCGUGCCCUUGGCAAGGAGCCAUAACCCUCUGGAGACCACAAGUGCAGCUCCUCCUGAGCAGCAGGGCCACUGGGACCCUCGGGGUGCAGCGGGUCAGCUCUUCCCCCCCCACCCCAAGUGAAGGAGGACAUCUGAAGACUUUCCCUGGUUUCCCCUAAAGCCCCAGGCGGAGGGCACGACCCCCCUCCAAAUCCCUGACAUCUGCACCCCAGGGACUGUUUAUCCAUUGAGGAGGAGCAUUAGUAUAUGUUUAAGAGUAAAUAUCAGAUUUG